UUGAGUUUCGUCGGCGAACUUCGUACUUCCUGGCAGAGCUCACAGCAGUAACUUGCCACUUUUUAAGAAUAAGACAGGAACUUUCUGAACAUUUUGAACGAACCUCCAUUUAAGUUUUAUCGAAAAGACAAUUGUCUCUACAUUGGAUUUCAGACUCGGUGGCUUUUGAUGAGCUAAUCAAAGAAAAUGAGUCUGAGGUUAGAACCCCUACAUCCUGGCCCGAGUGCUGUCAACUCAGAUGUGGAACGGGCUGCUGUCGCUCGGUCUAAGUCAAGCAAUAAAUGCUGUCGCUGCUGCGGACUCACUAGGUUUUUAAGAUUAGACAAGUCAUGGUUUAUCAAGGACCCUUGUGGUAUCAUCUGUGCUGUGAUGACCUAUCUAUUGAUUGGUUAUGGUCAGUUUGCUGUCAACGUGGUGCUGCUAUUGCCAUCAGGUAUCCAACCCUAUACAGUCAUCCAUGGAUUCAUCUUCAAUUUGUUUGCAAUCUUUGCUGCAGUCUCUCACGCCAGAUCUAUGCUCACAGACCCAGGUGCAGUUCCGCUGGGCAAUGCAACAAAAGAGCAUCUUAGCACACUAGGGUUAAAGGUCGGUCAGGUCGUCUACAGGUGUCCAAAAUGUAUCAGUAUCAAGCCUGAGAGGGCGCACCAUUGUAGCAUAUGUCAGAGAUGUAUCAAGAAAAUGGAUCACCAUUGUCCUUGGGUGAAUAACUGCGUUGGAGAAUCAAAUCAGAAAUAUUUUGUCUUAUUUACGAUGUAUAUAGCCUUGAUGUCUGGUCAUGCUCUUGUCUUGGUCAUCUCACAUUUUAUGAGCUGUGUCAAUACUUCAUGGACAAGUGAAUGCAGCUAUUACUCGCCACCAGCCACGGUUAUAUUUAUGUUAGCACUGACUGUAGAAGCCAUGCUAUUUGUACUCUUCACAGCGAUCAUGUUUGGCACACAGGUUCAUGCUAUCUGUACAGAUGAAACGGGUAUUGAGCAGCUGAAGAAACAGAAGGCCACGUGGCAGAAGAAGACACGAUGCCUGGCAUUCCGGAUGGUCUGUGGCAGUAAGCUGUCAUUAGGUUGGCUCAACCCUUUCGUCACACCCAACCAUAAUGUAGGCAAGGAACUCACCUACUUGUACCAUGUAUAGCCUCCGCCGAUGAUGUCAUCGCAGUCAUCGCUUUCUCUCAGGGUGCGUGCUUCAGUGGGAUAGACCCAUUGCCAUUAUGUUGUGAAUUGCAGCCUUGCCCAGCUGAUCAUUGUGAAGGAUGUCCAAGGAUACCCUGAUAUGGCGACAUUUUUCUCCUACACCGAUUGAAGUGCCUGUGGUUGUCAUGGAUGAUGAAUGAAUGAAUGACCUAAGACAUUGAACUUUGACCUCGGUUGGCCCUGUACUGGUUGCUUUGAGAAUAUUUGGUAGUGUUUAAAUUAUUUGUAAGUUACACUCAUCUUUGCGCAUGACUGGUGACCAUUUCCUCUUAUUUCCAUCCGCUAAAGUUGAAAUCUGGUCCCCGUCUUACAAAGAGUUAUGAUUGAUCCUAUCAAUCUCAACUAUGAAAAUCCAUGGAUGUCAUAAUUUUUCAUACAUGAAAUGUGCACAGUGUUAUUUUGU